CAAGGUCCACUGUGUUGUUGUUUGCCGGCUUUUCGGUGCCGUGGUAUUGGUGGUGGUUAGAAAAUAAAAACGCUCCCCGUGUAUAGUUAAAACGAUGAACAUGUGCCAGUAGGUGCUAAUCAUCGAACGAGGCAGGUCGUUGAAACCAGAUAGAUAAGGAUCGUCAAGAUGGGAUUUCUGGGCCCGGUCACAUUCGGAGCCAUCGUCUUGCUGGUGGCUUUUUCGUACAAGCAGUAUCGGGAUAUGUCCAGCCCACUUCCGGUUCCGGAGCUCGAUCUUAAACAAUACUGGGGCCCUGGAGACGGAAAAUCGUACAAAGAAGACACAUCCAUCAAACCGUUCAAGGUAGCUUACUCCGCUGAGGUGAUCGAAAAGCUACGCAGCAAGCUGAGCGAUGCUCCAAAUUUUGCUAAGCCCCUCGAGGGUGUUGGGUUUGAGUACGGAUUCAACAGCAAUCGGCUACAGGAAAUAUUGAAGUAUUGGCGUACCGAUUACCUUGGCAAAUGGACUGACCGUGAGAAAUUCUUCAACCAGUAUCCUCACUUUAAGACACAGAUCCAAGGACUGGAUAUCCAUUUCAUUCACGUUAAACCGAAAGUGUCAGCAGGCACUAAAGUGUAUCCGCUGCUUUUGUUGCACGGUUGGCCCGGAUCUGUACGGGAGUUCUACGAAAUGAUCCCUAAACUGAUCAACAAAGAAGCCGGUCAGGACUUCGUGUUUGAAGUUAUUGUACCCAGUUUACCGGGCUACGGCUGGUCCCAAGGAUCAUCCAAACAAGGAUUGAGUCCAUCGAAAAUUGCCAUCAUAAUGAAAAAUUUGAUGACCCGGAUCGGCCAUCCGAAAUUCUUCGUUCAAGGCGGCGACUGGGGAUCUUUAAUCGCUAGCAUUUUGGCUACGUUUUUCCAGGAUGACGUUUUAGGAGCUCACAUGAACAUGUGCGCUUUGGAUAGCCCGACCGCCAUACUGAAAACCGUCAUCGCCAGCUAUUUCCCUUCAUACUUCAUCGAAGAGAAAUAUGUCCCCUAUUAUUUCCCUGCUCUUCCAAAAAUGAAGGAGCUGAUAGUCGAGUCAGGAUACAUGCACAUCCAGGCCACCAAACCGGAUACCAUUGGCUCGGUUCUCGUCGGGAAUCCCAUAGGACUUGCAGCGUACAUUCUGGAGAAAUUCUCGACCUGGACCAAUCCGGCCUACCGACAGCUAGCCGAUGGAGGUCUGGAGAAGUACUUCACCAUGGAUGCUUUGCUGGACAACAUCAUGCUGUACUAUCUUACCGAUUCCAUUACCACCUCGCAGCGAAUCUACGCCGAAGCUUUCACGGGGCAGGAGAUGGCCGUUGGAAUUAGUCGUAUUCCGACUCGAGUACCCACGGGAUGUGCCAAAUUUCGUUAUGAGCUGGCUCACACUGUCGAUUGGGCCCUCAAAGAUCGCUUCGUCAAUCUGAUUCACAGCAAACAUUUCGAUGAUGGGGGUCAUUUUGCUGCCAUGCAGCUGCCAGCCGUCCUAGCCAAAGACUUUAUCGAGUUUGUGAAGAAAAUUGAAAAAGUUAACCUGUAGGCUAGGUCUUUUGUGAGAUAUGUUACAUCCAAUAAACAAAUUAUUUCUGUAAUAA